UGCCUGGACGUGGCCCUGCUGAGCGGCUCUCGCGGUGCCAGCUCAUUCCCUCGCCAGCCAGGGGGCGGAGAGGGUCACUCCGCGCCGCCGCUGCAGCCCCGCCCGCCAGGCAUCAUGGGGCGCCUCACGCUCCUCACACGCCCCGCAACGCCCACCUUCUGACGCCCGCUCAGGCCACACGCACCCCUCGCCGCCCAUGACAGGCUGAUACCGUGGGCGUGGAAGGCAGUGGGCUAAGGCAAGCGUUCAGACUGAGCUCCGUCACUUGUAGAUGGUUCGCGAUAAAAGGCCGUUGGCAGGCGUGGUGGUGUGCUGCUGCCGUGCUGGCGUGUGCUGGUGACGAGCGGUGGUGUGUUCGACAGGAAAAAGUCAAGUCACUCCAGUGGUGUUUUUCAAAGCCUUUACUUUUGUUUUGUUGACACGGCGGCUUUUUAGCGUGUGGCUUCAGUAAUAUCCGCACUUGUCGAGCCCUUCCUGUGGCUCCGCGGGACGUGAGGAAAGAGAAAAAGAAUAAAAAGUAUCGUUAUAAGAAAAGAAAAGAUAGGAGGCAGGAGUAACACUGAAAUUCAAAUCUACCUUGUGGGCGCUGCUCACACCAAAACACAAAUCGAGAGGAAAAUACGAGUGAAAACCGCGUGAUUCAAGUGUUUAGCUGAUCCUUUGUGAGCAGCACCGCCACACAAACCCAAGGACGUGUCACUACUGAAGGAGGAAGGCAAGAAAGAAACCACUAUCAAGGGGAAAGUAUACACGCAGGACUGACGAGGACUGUUACGUCUACCACGCCAGCACGUCAGAUUUCUUGAGGAGCUUCGCCCUGGACUGCUGCCGAGGACCAAUGAACGUGGAGAAUGCUGCUGUGUGGGCGUGGACAAGCGUUGGCGUGGGUUGUGGCACUGGUGCUGAGCUGGGCACACGCCGCCACGCCCCCUCCUGUUGUGGAUAACGAGGCGGCGGGGCGGGCGGCGCUGAAUGACGUGCUGAGGGACGUCUCUCACCUGUCCUCCGGGAGUAUUGGGACCGCCUGCGCCGCUCAGCCUUUCUACAGAAUCGCGGUGGACAUGAACAGAUUUGAAGCGACGAGACAGAAGGUCGACUUGAUAGUAAGGAUCCUGAACAAGAAUGCCAACCAAGAACUGAUGAAGAACCUGGUGGGGAGUUUGCUGGACUCUGAAGGAGGGAGAGUGAGAGAGGUGAGAGUGAUGCAUGGAGGCUCCCCCCACCGCGCCCCCUCCAUCAUCUUCGCCAGCCGCCCCCCCUCCGCCACAGCCACUAUCACCACCACCACCACUGCUACUGCUAUUAACAUUACUGCCGCCUCGGCGGAGUGGGUGGACAGACAGCCGUGGUUCUGGGGCCAAGGUCCUUACGGCUCCCCAGACAGCUUUGAGAGGUUCCAGGAGAGGCGAGUGAAGGGUGCGCUGGGACGAUGGACCUUCCCUUACUUCGUGUGCGAGGGCAGGAGGUGGCUGGUCAGUUACACGGCGUCCCUGCAGCCACUGGGGAAUGAGAUGGAUGUGGUGAGCGUGGACAUCGACCUGACAUCAUUUGACAUCAACCAGUGUGAUGGGCCGGAGGAAGAGGAGGGAGAGGAAGAGGAGGAGGAGGAUGGGGAGAAGAUAAACACCCAGCUCUCCUUUUUCAAACACUCUCACAAAUGCAACACAACAACAUCUGAGUGCGUGUUCCAGCCAGGCCAGGGAUGGGUGCGUGGUGCUUACGUGUGCAGGUGUAAGACUGGGUACUUCCCUCAAAACACAACCUUUAACGGUGCUCUGCUUGAAGUGGCAUGGGAGGGGAAACAGAAGCACAACACCUCCUUCUAUGACCUUAUGUACACGUGCCGCCCUUGCCCCGAGCGCUGCCCUAACUGCACGAGGAACGAGCCCUGCGAUGCGCCUUACAAUUGGCCCUUCAGAAUAGCGCUGUUGUCCAUCUCGCUGCUGUGCAUUGUAUUCACCUUCGUGCUGAUGGCUCUGGUCUACCACUACCGGAGCGUCAAGGUGUUCCGCCUCGCCUCGCCCACCUUCCUCUGCAUCUGUCUCAUCGGCUGCAUCAUCAUGUACUUUGAGAUGGCAGCCAUAUUCCCGGUCCUGGACACCUACUCCUGUGUGGCAACCAAGUGGACGCGACACCUCGGCUUCUGCAUCACGUUUUCUUCGCUCCUCAUGAAGACCUGGAGAGUAUCGCUGACUUACCGCGUGACGUCAGCACACAAGAUCAAGCUGACGGACAAACAGCUGCUGCAGUGGCUGACGCCCAUCCUGCUCAUCAUGCUGGUGUACCUGGGGGCGUGGAGCCUCAGCGCCACGCCCUCCGCCGAGGUGAAGGCUGCUGACUCAGGUCUCAAGUACAUGCAGUGCAAAUAUGAUUGGUGGGACCACUCGCUUGCUGCCGGCGAGGUGCUCUUCCUGAUUUGGGGGGUGAAGGUGUGUUUCAGCGUCAGGAAGGCAGAGAGCUUCUUCGACGAGGCUAAGUACAUCUCCUGGGCAGUGUACAACAUCGCCCUCGUCAACAUCGUCAUGGUGGCUUUCCACCUCAUCAUCUUCCCCAACGCGGGUCCUGAUGUCAAGUACCUCUUCGGCUUCUUGAGGACUCAGUUCAGCACCUCCACUACUGUGCUGCUCAUCUUCGGCCCCAAGUUUUACCGGAUCGUGCAGGGGACGGGAGACCAAUACGACAACCGAGCUAGAGCUAAGGGCGUGACUGCAAGCUUCUCCCUCAACGGCCUCGGUGUGAUGAACGACGAGCCAGCUGACUUGUCCCAGGAGAACGAGGAACUCAAGGAGGAGAUACAGAAGCUGGCGGCGCAGAUGGAGUUCAUGAAGAUCGUCCACAUGGAGAUGAACAACCGCCACCUCAAACCGAAACCUAGCGGGUACUUCACUGACAAGAAUCCCGCGAUGGCCGGGCCCACGUCUCCUUCAGGGCCACGCACCACCGACGCGGGCCAGGAGAACGCCCCUGCCAAGCUGUCCUCCCCUGCAACAGAGGUGGCUGACGACAGAGUAUGACUAGUGGCUAACAGUGAAGAGGUGUGGCUGUAGACUGCGACGGGGCGGGGAGUCUGUCUGUCGAGGAAUCGCUGCGCAGUUUGUUCUCGUAUUUUGGGUGUGGCUGGUGGCUUUCCUGGCCCGUAUUCUCAGUAUUUUCCAGUACUCCGGCGUCUGUAUCGACUAUUUUCAGAUUCUAGCAGGUUAUAUCAAUUUCCUGAGGGAGUUUUUGUUAUGUUUCUAGUGAUAGUUUAGCAAGGAGUGCGCGUCAAUAGUAAACCACGCCCGUGAGGAUUCCGGUAAUCAUCUGCCGUCUGAAAAUAGUCAUUAUGGGAGCCUUUUUAUUAUAUGGGUCCUGUGAUGGCGAUAGUGAAAGUGAGGGUUUGUACAGUGACGGCAAAAAGUCUCGUCACCGCAGUCUUUUGGUAUUGUGAGAGUAGGAAAGGGCGUGUCUGUUCUAAGCUCCGCGAACACAUACGUGAAGCGAUAUGGUUCACUCGUGCGGGGUUCAGCGGCACACCCAGGAUUCGUGCCGGGUCUGUCAGUCCGUGCAUGUGUCGCGAGGCCUCCGUCAGCUGCCAAUCCUCCGUCAGUCAAAAUUAAUGAGCUGUAGGGCCAUAUUCUGAAACACUUCCCUCCCCACCUCUAUUACAUUCAAAAGACUAGUUUAAGUUGCAUGGGCUCUUAAGGUGUUUUUAUUGUUCUAGUGAUGGAGUAAUAAGCUUUGUACAUUAAUAACAGGAGAAACACUCUUGACAACCUGUCCAAUCAUGUGUGUCUUUGAAAAUAGUCGUGUUGAGAGAGCAGGGAGUUUCAGAAUACGGGUCAUGGUGUGUGUGUGUGUGUGUGUGUGUGUGUGUGUGUGUGUGUGUGUGUGUGUGUGUGUGUGCUUUAAAUUCUUUCAAGAGUAUAUCUGAUAAAAGAAAGUCUUUAUUUAACCAGUCCCUAAGUGAACGGCUGUAUUGGCACUGACUGGCUGGUUGGCUGGAGAGGAAGAGCCAACAGUCACCCUAAGACGGAACUGACAGACUAACGUACCACCGCUUUUCGUUCUAGGAAGCAAAGGGGGAGGGGGGGUAAGAGAGAACUGAACGGCAAAUGGAGGCAGAGAUACAUGAAGCAGAUGUGGGUGUAAUUUAGUUAAGCAGGAAGCAACGGUGUAUAUUUCGUCUUAGUUAAUCUUAGUUGAGGCUCGUGCACGCAGCAGGAGGCGCUGAUGAAGGCGGUGACGGUGAGACGUGUGUGUUCGUCUCAGGACCAUAAUCUGAAACACUUCUACUCCACACCUCCACUACAUUCAAAGUGCUUUAGUUUGAGUCACGGUUUUUUUAGGGCGUUUUUAUGGUUCCAAUGACAGAAUAACGAGGUUCUUCUAUUAUCAACUGAAAAAACGCUCUUGGGAACCGGCUAAGCGUUUCUGUGACCUUUGAAAAUAGUUGUAGUGAGAGAUUAAAGUGUUUCUGACUACUGGUUUCCGUGGGGCUGGAGAGCAUAGGAUACAAUUCUUGGUACAGAACCACAGGAAGAGAACCCUGCCUUGCGUGCACGGACAUGUAAUUCUUCCCCUUAGGUUCCUGCCCUGCAGUGUGAGGGAAGCACUUGGUUGCACUUAGAUCACGUCAUGUCACGUCACUGUUCGAUCCCUUCCCGUCACUGUAUCGCGUCACGGCUUUAGUUAGGAGGUCACAGGUGGAGUCACGGCGCCUCAGGUCACAUGAAUAGCCACUCGCGUUGAUUGGUAUGGCUGGUUAGGUUUACUUACACUUGAUAACCUAAUUCACCCCAGCGUAACCUAACCUAAUCUUAACUGGCUUGACCAAACUUCAUGACCUAACUUAACCUAACCUCACCUGAGCUAACCCAUCUUUAACUUAACUUGACCCAAUCUUAACCUAACCUAACCUGUCAUAAAAAAAGCUAUGAUGGCUAAUAUUCAUGUGACCUAACAUCUACAUUAACUAACAACACUGAUAACCAUACUUAGGCACGACUCCAAUCUCCACUACGUCCUAAGGAAACAGUGGAACAGUAGCUGAACAAAAGACGAACAAUAGACACCUACCGUUCCUAACCUGGGCGUCAGAGGGGCAAAAGUGUUCAGGAGUGGAGAUGAGAAGAAAAAAAUAAUACGUUCUCGUGCGGUUAGUUAAAGGAAGGACGCUGAAAAGUGGUAUAGGAAAGCGAGAGAGAGAGAGAGAGAGAGAGAGAGAGUCAUUCCUGAACAUUCAGCGUCUUGUCUAGCCUGCUUUCAGGAUUGGAGUUCUCGAGGUGUUUUGAUAAGGCUUGCAAUAAUAUACUUAGCGAACUCUUUGUGCCGUUGAUGAGAAGGAAAUUACCCGUGAAACUUCUGCUGAUUACCUGCGUGGCUUUUGAAAACACUCCUGAAGGGAAGAGCGAGUAGGUAAAGCAGGUCACAACACAUAUAGCUGCUGCGCCCUUCCUACACCACUGACUCCACCGCCUCUCUCUGGACCGCUUUCUGAAACACCUUUGCGCCCCACCUUCUAUUUUCAAAAGGCUCCAGUUGAAGUGAUACAGGGUUCUUAAGCGUGUUUUUUUCCGAUUCCAGUGGCAGAUUGAUCAAAUUUCUACGUUAUCUAAUGAAGAAACACGAUUGAGAACCCUGCUAAACUCCUCUGUGGCCUUUGUAAAGAGUCUGGUGUGGUGAGCGUGUGUGCAAAGGGUGUCUGAAUACGUGCCAAGGUUUCUCGUGUUUUUGUAUAUAGUUUGGUGACAACCUGAGCCACGCAUUCCAUUAUAAGUUAGCUUUAGUUUGAAUUACCCGAGUUGUUUGUAAGGAGAGCACUUUAUCAAUACUUCAUGACCUUUCUCUUGACAGUGAGAGAGGUCACACAGGUGCACACACACACACACACACACACACACACACACACACACACACACACACACACACACACACACACACACACACACACACACCAUUGCAGUGUAUUGAGCGUCAUUCACUUCGCUCUUCACUCUAUUCCAUGUUCGUGUUUCAAAGGCUCUCACGUUACUUGUUCUUCACUGUGCUGACUCAUUCCAUUUUUUCGUCACGUUAUGGACACAAAUUUAUGCUUCAGUCGCUUUAGAAAGAGGAGGAUUCUAUUGUCAAAGCAAAGGAAGGGAAGAGAAGGUGUUGAGGAAAAUCUAAUGCUAAAGAAAAAAAAAGAAGCAAGGAUGUGAGUUUACCGAAAAGAGGAAGUUGUGAGGUAAAUCUGUGAAAAGGGGAAGAAGGAAGUGAAUUUUCUGAAAAAGAGGGGAAUGUUGAGAUUAUUUUCCUGUAAGGAGGGGAAGGAACUGAACUGAAGUAAACUGGACUGAACCAAAAAGAGAAGAAAUGUUCAUUUUAAUUCACUAGAAAGAGUGAAGUAAGGCAGUAUUUCACCCGCUAAAUAGGAGGAAGUGAACUUAACGAAAGAGAGGAAACGUUAAGGUAGAUUCACCACCAAAACGGACACCACCACCACUACCACCAUCACAAGGGACAGCACAGAGCACAUCACCACGCCGCGCCGCCUGCAGUGCACGUGUGUCCUGGUGGCGAGCACGUGGCUGCACCACCUACGUGAGCUUACAACCUGCCUCUUCACACCUCAGCCGAGCGAGGGACGCCACUGGACAGCCCGCCGCUAGCUCGGUAAACCCCACACUGACCGCCUAGGGAAAUACCGCCACCACCACCACUACUACUACUCACCCUAGGUAUUUUUGAGAUGAGUUAGGUUAUGAUAUGUUAAUACUAGCCUAAUCUAACUGAAUAUCACUUCAACCUAACUUUAAACAGGCUGAGAUGAUUUGCUACUACUACUACUACUACUACUACUACUACUACUACUACUACUACUACUACUACUACUACUACUACUACUACUACUACUGCUACUUCUACUACUACUACUACUAUCGCUGCACUGUACCGUACCUUGACCUCCAAACACGAACAUGACUCGAGCUUAAUGAACUGUUGAUAUUUACAGGAGCGAAUUCAAUUACGUGGAAUUUCAUGUGAGUCAGAAUGAGAAAAGGGAAGUACAAAGGAGGACUUUUGUACUCCGAUGAACCAAAAAGAAUAAGGUGUGGGCGGGCAGGAUGUUAAAACUUCCUCGCACAAAACAUCAUAGUGAACGUAAGCUUAGAUGUAGAAUGUAUCGCAAGGAACUCUUUUUUUUUUUUUAUAACGUACUUGUGUGUCUCGCGUGAUGACGAGUCGAGGUGAGGAGUUUACAGGAAGUGAUGAAGGGACCAAGCUAGAAGGAGUCUGGAUGUGCAUCAUGUCUGAUUCUAAAUGAGAUUCGUAUUCUUAAAUAGUUCGAUGUCUCGCCACUUCUUUCCACUGGCUCUACUAGAUAUUAUUGGGGAUUUUCAACGGUGUGUUCAUCAUUGAUUUAAAAAAGGGUUCCGCGCGCUCAAUGAGACACUCGAGAGGAUCUAGAAUGUCUAGUCAUUGGAAAAAGUCUGGUGAAAGCUCGAAACGUUUAAGAAUACGUGUUUGGUGAGGUGAAGAACGCGGUGAUUAGUUCGACUCCACACGCGAGCUACUAGGAAAGGAAUAGUGUGUGUGUUGGUACAGAAUCAUGCUGUUUUCACUCCGGCAGGCUAAAUUUUCUUCUUUCACCUUUUAAGCGUCGAAGAGGGAGAUGUAACAAAACAGAAAAUAUAUAUCGUCAUUGUCACUCAUCACCAUACGCAAAAAUAUAAAUAAGUAGAUCAAACUAAUGCUGACUCAGUUAAGCAAAUCUUCUCUCUAGUUACGAGCAUUUUCCUUCCCAUUCGACAGAAAAAAAGAAGUUUGAUCCCCCCAGAGUGAUGGAAAGGCGUGAUUCUGUGCGCUCACAUCGGGAACUGCCUCUCUUGUGUGUUAUCCCGAGGCGAGAGGCCCAGACAGAGAGCAGAGAGAUAUCCUGAAGCGUUCCUGUGCCCCACCUCCACUACUUUCAAAAGGCUCUGUAUGGUUAACAUUACGCUGGUUUUUAAGAGUGGUAUCAUGACUCUGGUGAUGAAUUAACAAGAUUUUUACAUUAUUAGCAGGAGAAACACUCUUGAGAACCCGGCUACUCAUCUCAGUCGUCUUUGAAAAUAGUCGUGGUGAGACAACAGUACGCUUCAGAGUAGGGGCCCGACAAGACGCACCUCUGCCCUUGGCUUGGCCCGGUGCACUCAACACCCACGUACAUUCCAUGGUGUCUUUGUACUCACUGGUUCUUGUCUGUUUUAUAAUAUAUUUUUUACAUGGAA